UGCAUAUGGUUUAGAACGCAGCGACCUCACGAGCAGAUAGCUGGACAUAAGGGUCAGGGGUACCAUGGGGCUAGACUACUUAUGGAGGCAAAGAGUCAAGUUCGAGUCGACCUUGGCACUGUCUAUGCUUGAGCCUUGGGAGAAACUUCUCUGCUUGAUCAUAUUCUCGCUUUUGACGAUGUUGGUGAUGAUUGGACUGUUCCAAUACUUGCCGCAGCAUGUCAUGGUCAUGCAACGACGGGCCAUAUAUUACCUCUGGGGCCAGGAAGGAGACGUGUUUCGCUCAUGGGUGGAGACACCUGGGCUGAAAGAGUUAUAGUACGUGCCUAAUUUUCCACUCAUGAAGGUGCGAGCGUUCUGGUGUUUCAUCUGCCUUCAUGCUUACCUACCGACACAUUUGUCUUCCUAGAUCUUCCCCUUUGCUAUCUAUCUGGAUUCAUACCUGCCAUAUCCUUGACUCACCUACGUACACCUCCUUUGUAUACUCAUACAUGACUACAAGAAACUUAUAUUGCUGAACCAAUUUUUGGUGCGCUCCAUCAUACAGCAGCCACGUGAUGACCCAAUGAUACUACAAGUUAUUGGGU